UCCGGUAACAUCGUGCCAACACACCAGCACUGCCCUCGUCAUUACAUGCCCUCUCAAAACACGCGAGAAGAAUCUGAGAAGACAACGACUGUGCAUGGACUGGAAUGACUGAAAUUGUCUUAGAUUGCCUACAAUCUAUAGUACAUCCUUGAUCCUUUGAUUUUUUUGUGUUUAUCUGUAAGGUCGUGCUGCAAUAGCGCUAGAUAAGCUUUGCGUGGACUGGCGUGUGCAUCUCAAGAGCAGACGAGGACAGAAGUAACCUAUAUUUUCAUUGACAGUAUUUUAGGACCGUUGCUUGGGAUGGCAUUUUUACCAACUCUACAAUGUGGAUAUUAACCAUGUGAAAGAUCUGGCAAAACAAAAUGGGGAUAGCUGAGAGGUCAUGUGUGGCGGUGAGCAGCUGAGGUCAGCUGUGAUCUGGGUCUUCUCGUCUGGUUGAUAGCAUGUACAGGAGGAAUGGGCUCCCUGCCAGCGUCAGCAUCACCUCCCGCCACACACAGGACAGCAGUAGUUCAGAGUCUCUGGAUGGACGGAGCUUGGACUCUGCCAAGAGCUUUGACGCGGUGGUGUUUGACAUGCUCAAAGUGACACCUGAGGAGUUUGCUAGUCAAAUCACUUUGAUGGAUGCUCCUGUGUUCAAAGUGAUACAGCCUGAGGAGCUGGCGAGCUGUGGAUGGAACAAAAAGGAGAAGCACAGCCUUGCACCCAACGUUGUGGCCUUCACACGGAGAUUCAAUCAGGUCAGUUUCUGGGCAGUGAGAGAGAUAUUGACAGCUCAAACACUGAAAAUCCGAGCUGAAAUAUUGGGCCACUUCAUCAAAAUUGCAAAGAAACUCCUGGAACUGAAUAACUUGCACUCCCUGGUGUCUGUGGUUUCUGCCCUUCAGAGUGCACCGAUAUUCAGACUCAGCAAGACCUGGGCGCUGAUUAGUCGAAAAGACAAGGUCACCUUUGAGAAGCUGGACUUCCUGACAUCAAAGGAGGAGAAUUACAACCGUAUGAGAGAGUACAUCAGAUCCCUCAAAAUGGCUCCCUGCAUCCCCUAUCUAGGAAUUUACCUGUUUGAUAUGACCUACAUUGACUCCGCCUACCCAGCCUCUGACAGCAUCAUAGAGACUGAGCAGAGAACCAAUCAGAUGAACAAUCUACUGCGCAUCAUCUCUGACCUUCAGAUGUCCUGUAACUAUGAUCAUUUGGUGAUGUUACCACAUGUGCAGAAGUAUUUGAUGUCAGUGCGCUACAUUGAAGAGCUGCAGAAGUUUGUGGAAGAUGACAAUUACUCUCUGUCAUUGAAGAUUGAACCUGUGAACAGCUCACCUCGACUGGUAUCCUCCAAAGAGGACUUUGGAGGACCCUCAGAAGUGUCAGCAUCAGUGAGGUAUAACCGUCGGCCGACCUGUCCUGAUACAUCAGUGGUUGCACACCUCCCCACCCCACCUCCUGCCCGUCACAGGAAGAGCCACAGUCUGGGGAAUAAUAUGAUGUGCCAGUUUGGUGUGGUGGAGAGUAAAAGUGCGACUUUCCCUGCAAAAGAAAAGGCUCGACACCUGUUGGAUGACAGCUUCUUAGAGUCUCACAGUCCUGUCAGAAACCACACAUAUGAUUCAGUAUUCACCAAUGGCAUCUCAUUGGGCAGUAGAGAAAGUUCUUUUAGUGAUGAAUUAUCAAGUACUGUGGAGAGAGGACGUAUGUAUGCAACACUCGGUCCAAACUGGCGAGUUCCAGUUUGUAACUCUCCUAGAAGUAGACGUUAUGUUUACAGCACCCCUGGAGCAGCAUCAAGCUAUGAGUGCAGUUCUCUGAGCAGUAUAACCAUUGAAGGGCCUCUACGAAGGAAGACACUGAUGAAGGAGGGUAAAAAACCCACACUCUCAUCGUGGAAGCGGUACUGGAUUGUCCUUUCUGGCCCAGUUCUUAUCUAUUUUGGUUCUAAAGCUCUAAGAGCAAAUGAGCGAAGACAUUACAAAUCCAGGCCAUGUAAAAAGAUCACACUCACAGGAUGGAUGGUGGCGCUGCCUGACAACCCUGAACACCCAAACAUAUUCCAGCUCACUGAUCCUGAAAGAGGUAAUGUUUACAAGUUCCAGACUGGAUCUCGUUUCUCUGCGAUUAUCUGGCACAAACAUCUUGCUGAGGCUUGCAGGAGUACAAGACCACAGAUACCAGCAAACCUCAUGUCAUUUGAAUAGCUGCUUCGAGGAACAUGGAAAACAAAGCAGUGGAAUUUAAGAAGAUGAAGUGAAAACCUAUAGAUCAAAAAGACAUUACGGUAGAGUUUUUUCUCUUUUGGCUAUACAUAGCUAAAAGGGGACAGCAUUUUGUGACUUUGUAGGAAGAAAUAAACUUGGUUUUAUGCACUUCUACAUAUCCCUCCCUUUGUGCAGAUCAACAUUAUAUACCUGGAAAUGGAAAAUAUGUUGUGGCAGCUGUAUGAGUAAAAGGUCAUGAACUCUGUCAAAUACUGGAGACACAGCUGUGUCCAGAGAAGAUGAUUUUGUGUCUUGAAUUAAAGAGAUAGUCACCCAAAAAUGAAAAUUCUAUCAUAAUUGACACUCUCGUGGCAUUCCAGAUGUGUAUGAGUUCUUCAGCUGCACAAAAACAAACAUUUUUAGAAACAUAUCUCAGCUUUGUAGGUCCUCAAAAUGCAAGUGAAUGGUGACCAGAGCUUUGAAGCUCAAAAAUUACAUAAAGGAAGCAUAACAUUAAUCCAUAUGACUUCAGUGGCUAAAUCCAUAUAUUCAGAAGAGAUAUGAUAAGUUUAGGUGAGAAAGAUAUCAAUAUUUAAGUCAUGUAUUACUGUCAAUCUCCACUUUCACUUUCUUCUUUUGUUUUUGGCGAUUCACAGUCUUUGUGCAUGUUGCCACCUACUGGGCAGGGAGGAGAAUCUAUAGUAAAAAUUUACUUAAAUAUCGAUCUGUUUCCCCUGCCUUUCGCCCAAUGUUAGCUGUGAUAGGCUCCAGCCCCCCGCGACCCUGUACACAGGAUAAGCGGUUGACGAUGGAUGGAUGGAUGGAUGGAUCGAUCUGUUUCUCACCCACAAAUAUCAUAUCACUUAUGAAGCUAUGGAUUUAAUCACUGGAGUCUUUUGAAUUACUUUUAUUCUGCCUUUAUGUGCAUUUUGGAGUUUAAAAAUGUUGGCACCCAUUCACUUUGAUUGUGUGGGCCUACAGAGCUGAUAUAUUAUUUCUUAAAAUCUUUGUUUGUGUUCUGCAAAAAAAUAAAGUCAUACACAUCUGUGAUGGCAUGAGGGUGAGUAAUUUGUGAGAGAAUGUUCUUUUUUGGGUGAACUAUCCCUUUAAGUUUUGCCUAACAAACCUAAAGCUUUGUGAAAUAUGGUGUAAAAUAUUUGUAUAAAAUAUAAUUGUCUUAUUGAUGUUUCCAUGUGAUUAAGUGCCAAAAUUAUGACUUUUUUAUUGUUAACACUCUUAAAAUUAUGUUAAAUUAAUGUUAGAUGUUAGAGAAAAAGUGGAAUCCAGUCUACACCUGCAUAACAUGCAUGGCCACACAUAAUCUGUAUCCUAAUAACCUAAAGUUAUAAUAAGAAAGACCUUAUGAGAAGAAUAUAUAUAUAUAUAUAUAUAUAUAUAUAUAUAUAUAUAUAUAUAU